GUGUGUGUCUCGCUUAUAACCGAUCGAUAGCCUCAGCCAGUGUGUCAACACACUGGCUAGCAUUUCAUUUGUAAAAGUCUGUCAUGCUUUCUGUGGGGAGAAUCCUUUAUGGACAGUAACCUGUGAGGGUGUUACCAAGUUCUACUAAGUUAGGUUCAGCAAAGAUGUCUGCGUUAAAAAAGAAUCCAAACACUCAGACGUGUGACUUUGGCGGUCUGCUGGAGGCCAGAGAUGUGGCGCUCAUAACUUUGGUAGUGGGAGAAACACACCUGGUGGUACACAGGUCUGUCUUGGUGGCCAAAAGCCCAGUGUUCGCUGCAAUGCUGACCCACGACACAGUGGAGGCCAGCAGCAGUCGCAUCGUCGUCACAGACGUCGAGCCAAAGGUGCUGCAGCAGCUGCUGCUGUUUAUGUACAAGGACUGUGUUCCUCAGCUUUGCAGUAUGGCAACACAGCUCUUGGUGGUUGCAGACAAAUAUUGCGUUCUCGACUUGAAGGCACAGUGCGAACUACAGCUGGUCAUAGAUCUGGCUGUGGAGAAUGUCGUGUCGAGUGCAUUGCUCGCAUUGCGCCAUUCCUGCCCACGUUUGAAGGAAACUGCUGGGCACUUCCUUAAGGCUAACCUCACCAGGGUGAUGGACACAGAAGGAUGGGCAGAGGCAGUACGAAACAACCCAGAAGAAUUCAUGGAACUCAGUCGCCUGCUCGCUUCGACCAGAAACACUUGUCAGGAGGAGAUGGACAGAAAACUACUCCUGGCAGUUGAAAACAAGAGGCUAAAGGAGGUUGAAGAUCUGCUAGCCACAGGAGCAUACGUAGGGGCACGGGAUGCGAGCGGGAGGAGUGCCCUGCACAGUGCAGCUACCACGGAAAUUGCAUCGUGCCUGCUGGAGGCUGGUGCGCUUGUCAGUGCGAGGGACAAGUGGCACCGUACACCUCUGCAUGCAGCCGUACAGAGGGGCAACACAGAUGUGGCUCGUCAGCUGGUGGGGGCCUCUGGUAAUGUGAAUGCUGCUGACUUGUACGGGGACACGCCACUGCACUUGGCGGCACAAUUGUGCAGCUGCAAUGUGGUAAAGUUACUGCUGACUGUGGGUGCAGAUAGGGGUGCUAGAAACAAUUUGGGUGAGACACCCUCGGAUGUGGCUGAGCGUUAUAAAAGUGAGAGUGUAGUAGUGGCCAUGCUCAGGUAA